AUACUGUUAGUAUCUCGGUUGCAUGUUUGUACAGCCAACUAAUUUGAACCAAAGUUUGUUUUGUACCCGGAUGUGUUUAAAUUCAAGCUGUCCCUGGCCCUUUUCGUAUUUACACAUGCCAUGCCUUCGGUUUUACUCUAUUUGUAAGGAUAAUUGCAGCUGUCUGCCUUUAAGUUGGAAGUUCCGAGGAAGACUAACCGGACCCGAAACAUUAACUUCUCUGCACAGAUGCUGCCACAUCUGCUCAGCUUUUCAUUCUGUUUUCGUUUCUGAAUCACUGCAUCCGCAGUUCUUUCGGCUUUUUUUUUUAAAGCAGGCACUUCCGGGUUUGUUGCAAUGGGUUCCAAAUCAAAGUGAACGCGGUCGAUGAUAGACGGCACUGGCCUGCUUUAAACGCUGAGAUGUUAUGGCUCACACAGGCGAACAGCCGGUGAGUCCGCUUAGGUCCCUGCAUUCAGACGAAGCCACUUUUGUUAAAUUUGUUAAUCGGACCUUGCGGACUGCAAGGCCUUGGUGGAUUAAUUUUGAAGGCGUUCCUCAGAACUAUGAUGAUAUUCCUCCUGGAGGAGCCCUGCAUAUGUGCACGUAUCGGACUCACCCUUGGGUUUUUCGUGAUGCAGACACUGGAGACAAAUUGUUGAUAAAGAAUGGUGAGAUAUUUUUUCCAACAUCCACACAAUAUGAUGAAGAUGGUCCGAUUUACAUUCCUGUUCAUGUCACAGUUCCAGUAUAUUCACUGAAGAACUGCUGCUUGCAAUGUAUUCGUAAACAUGUGAAAUCGGAAGAUUAUACAAAGUUGGAACUACCAAAGUCGCUGCAUACUGAUCUCAAGAAUUCUCCAGAUCUGCUAAGAUCAAUUGGAAAACUAAGCAGGCGCUACAGAAUUCUGGUACAAGAAGACUGAAUGGUCCCAGGCAGCCAACUGCAGAAGCUAUUACAUCAUCAUCAUCCAAAUCAAUCUCUUCA